UUCUAAAAAAUGUCUCUAAUCCCUCAAAUUCUAGCAGAAGUUUGUCCGGCCUUCAACGCUGCACCGGUGGACUGGAAAGAGACGGCGAAGGCCCACGUGCUGAAAGCCGAUCUUCCCGGACUGAAGAAGGAGGAGGUGAAGGUGGAGGUGGAAGACGGGGGAAGGGUGCUGCACAUCAGUGGCGAGCGGCCGGGGCCCCAGGAGGAGAAGCGAGAAGAGGAGAGGUGGCACCGCUUGGAGCGGCCGCGGGGCAGCUUCAGAAGGCGGUUUCAUCUGCCGGAGAACGCCAAGAGCGAUGAAGUGAAGGCGGCGAUAGAGAAUGGAGUUCUCAUUCUCACCAUUCCGAAGAAGGAGAUCAAGAAGCCUCAGGUUAAGCAGAUUGAGAUCGUUGAUUGCAAAUGAGAAAUUUUAUUUUAUGUUUUGAAUAAUCUUCAUUGU